AUGGCGCCGCACCCUUCCCCACCUUCCACCACCACCACCACCACCACCACCUCCUCCUCCUCUCCGCAUACACCUACUCACCCACACCACAACGAUACCCCGGCAGCGCCUGUGCAACAUCCAUCCAGCUCGCACGCCUCAUCCCUGCGCUCCUUGCAUCACUCCCUCGCUGCACGUCUCCCGCCUCGCUCCUCCCAUCACGCUAUAGUCCCGUCGCCACCAACACACGCCAGCACUCUCGCUUUCGCUCUCGCUCCCACCCACCGCUUCUCUGCCCUCUUUCAGAGCCGGAACACUAUAACACCCGCUUCAGCUGGCCACCGCCGCUCCUCCUCGACGCGACAGCACGUAAAGAUGGUCGGCUCGCACCUCCAUCACGCUUUCCGCUCCUGGUUCAAGGAGACCGAAAAGGACGGCACACCACUCCUACCCGUAGCCCUCUCCAAAAAGUACACCGUCCUGCCCCAGGUGCUCGGCCAGGGCUCCUUUGCCGUCGUGAAAGCGGUCGUGGAAAAGGCAACCGGACAAGAGCGCGCGCUCAAGAUCAUCGCAAAGAAACCGCUCAAGGACUCCAACGAAAAGAUGCUCAAGGAGGAAAUCACCAUCCUCGGUAAAGUGGAACAUCCCAACAUCAUCAAGAUGUGGGACCUCUACGAGACCCGCGAGGGCGUCUUCAUCGUCACCGACCUCUGCAGCGGCGGCGAACUCUUCGACCGCCUCGUCUCCAAAGUCCACUACAACGAACUCGACGCACGCCACAUCAUGAAGCAGCUCCUCGCCGGCGUCGCCUACCUCCACGACCACGACAUCAUCCAUCGCGACCUCAAGCCCGAAAACAUCCUCCUCCGCGACAAGUCCGACCCCAGCGACGUCGUCAUCUCCGACUUUGGCCUCUCCCGCUUCAUCCCCGACGAAGGCCUCCUCAUGACCGCCUGCGGCUCCCCACAGUACGUCUCGCCCGAGGUCCUCCUCGGCAAGGGCUACGACGCCGCCGUCGACAUCUGGUCCUGCGGCGUCAUCGCCUACGCCCUCCUCGGCGGAUACACCCCCUUCUACGGCCAGGACCAGCCCUCCCUCUUCCAGCAGAUCAUCAAGAUGGACGUCCACUUCGAGCCCGAAUACUGGUCCGAGGUCUCGGACACCGCGAAGGAUUUCAUCCUCAAGUGCCUCUGCACAGCUGACAAGAGGAUGACCGCACACCAGGCUCUCGCCCACCCCUGGCUCGCCGACCUGCCCCCACUCCACGAAGAAGCUUCCAAGGGCGCCUGCCUCAAGAACGGCGCUCUCCGCAACCUCGAGGCCAUGCGCAAGCUCCGCAAGGCAGUCACCGCCGUAGAGGCCAUCAACCACCUCCAGCGACUCCACGCCCUGCGUCAGCAAAACGGCGACGCCCUCCCGCACAAGCAGCAGUCGCUCCUCUCCAUCGCCACACACCUCCAGUCCCACAAGCGAGGCGACUCGCUCCUGCCCUCCCCCACCGACCCCACGCCCAACAAACCUCUCGCAAACGCCGACUCCUCCGUCACCAUGACCGACGAGCCGGCCGAGUUGACCAACGCCCACAAGAAGGAGCGCGGCGAUUCAGCCAUGGCUCUCGACCUCACCGUCAUGAUGGCCUGGAUGCCCGAGAGCUGGGGCCGCUCAGGCUCGGGCGCUUCAUCCACGCCUUCACAGCCCGGCGCCUCGGGCACAGCUGCAGUCGCCCAGGCCGCCGAGGAUACCCUCAACCGCGGCCGCGAACCCGCCUCUUCGUCCGCAGCCAACGACGUCGUCGCCGAUGGCCAGGCGAGCCCCUCCGCCUCAUCCACUGGCCAUUCCGAAACCACCGUCCGUCCUGCCGCCCCGCCAGCCGCAUCGUCCAGCCAACCUCGUCGUGCCAGUCGCUCGACCAACCGCAAGGACACCGAGUCCACAAAGACGCUCAACUCGCUCCUCGACCAGUACAAAAAGACCGACGUGCCCGCUUCCGCACGUCUCAACCCCGCCAUCAAGGUCAGGGAGCCCACCAAGCUCAGCUUCACCAACGCCUGGCGCUACCUCCCCUUCCUCGUCUCCCAGGGCGUCUCCAUCGGCACCGCCGUCGCCUCCCACGCCAUCUACGGCCCGCCCAAAAAGUCGUGGGGCAUCGAGACCUCCGUCUUCACCCGCGUCCUCCGCGACGUCGCCGAGUACUCGGAGUUCGCUUCCAUCGAGGGCCUCCAGCAGCUCUUUGACCUCGGCGCCUUCCUCCCCACCCCCAAGGACGGCCUCAUCACACCCGUCACCUUCCGCGUCAAGAAGCGCGGCCUGCGCGGAUUCCUCGCCGAGGCCGAUGCCGCCGAGGACGGCAAGCGCGAGAUCAGCGCAGAGUGGGUCGUGGGCAAGCAGACCUGGCGUCGCCUCCAGGCAGAGUGGCGCAGCGGAAAGCAGAAGGGCAAGGAGCGCGUCAUUCUCUACAUCCAUGGCGGGGCGUACUUUGUCAUGUCGGCGGCAACGCAUCGUCCGCUCACCAUCUCGCUCUCCAAGUACACCGAAUGCCGUGUGUUUGGCAUCAACUACCGCCUCGCGCCCGAGACAAAGUUCCCCGGUGCGCUGCACGACUGCGUCGCGUCCUACUUCCGUCUCACCGACGACCUCGGCAUCCCGCCGAGCAACAUUGUGCUCGGUGCCGAUAGUGCUGGCGGUGGGUUGGCACUCGCGCUCAUGUACUAUCUGCGCGACAACGACUACCCGCUCCCCAGCGGCGCCAUGCUCUUCAGUCCGUGGGUCGACCUCACCAUGUCGUGCGACUCGUGGGACACCAACGCCGAGUUCGACUAUUUGCCCAUGCCCAAGUCGGGCGACCACAUGAACCCGGUCUGGGCGUAUCUUGGCGACAACAUCGACAAGUAUCUCACGCAUCCGUACGUCUCGCCGCUGUUUGGCGACAUGCACGGCCUGCCGCCGCUGCUCAUCCAGUGCGGCGAUGCCGAAGUGCUGCGCGACGAGGUGACGCUGCUCGCGCACAAGGCGUCGCUCUCGGGCGUCGCCGUGCGUCACGAGCUGUACGAGGAUUGCGUCCACGUUUUCCAGGCGUUCCUCUUCCUCGAUGCCAGCAGAAAGGCGCUGCAGAGCGCACGCCAUUUCGUGCGCACCGCGCUCGACAAGCGCGGCAAGUCGCGCGACGCCGCCGGCCAGCAGCGCAGCGAGGCGGCGGUGAACAAGGAGAUGGCGCAGGGCAACAUGCAGACGCCGCAGGGCGCCAAGGCGGAUCCGGCCACGGGAGAGAAGCAGGACGCCCCUGGCAGCACAAGCGCGUCUACUGGUUCUGCCAGUGCGGCCGGCAAGGGCAAGAUGACGCCCAGCACUUCGUCCAACGCGGUGGAUGGCGGCAUUGACGAGAUCGUCUCGCUGCCUCACUCGCGCUCGGACGGCGACGUGGAUGACGACGACGACGAUGCUGAGGCGGCCGGGUUGCCCGCCGAUGAGGAGGACUGGGAUCUCGAAGGCCGCGUCUCGGGCGAAGAGCGUCGCGGUGCCACGGGCGCCGACGCGCCCAAGCCGCAGGGGCUGGCUGCUCAAGCAGCGCAGAAGGUGCUUGGAGCGGACGACAAGGCGGUGACGGAAGCCACGAGCCAGGGUGCUGCGGAAGGCGACGAGCAGGAGAAGCAGGGAUCGUCGGGCUGGGAUGCGUCGUUCCCACAGAUGACGAUCGAGGAGGCACGGCUGCGCGGCCAGGCGGGCAUGCAGCAGCAGCUCUCAUCCGAUGCUCCGGCGCUGAGCAAGUUCCACGCGCCCCAGAAACCGCUCACGCCCAAGAUGCGCCGCUCGAGCAGCGGCAAGGAGCUCUCGACGCUGCUCAAGUCGUUUGAGAGCGGCGGCUCCACGCUCAAGACCAACGUCUGGACGCCCAACACCAACUAG